CGCCUUCCGCUUCCCCGCAGAGCGAGCGCCAUGCACCGGCAGAACUUCCGCCCCCCGACGCCGCCGUACCCCGGCCCGGCGCUGGGCGGCUGGGCCGGCGGGAGCAGCUUCCGCGGGACUCCGGGCGCGGCCGGGCCCUGGUCGCCGUCGCCCUCGCCCUCGCCUCGGGCCGGCCCCCACACGCCGCCGCCGCCGCCGCCCGCCUUCGGGCCUCGCGCUUGGCCCCACGGCGGCGGCCACUCGCCGCGCCCCCCCGGCGGCCCCCCCGGCCCCUACGCCCGCUCCCCCGCGGCGUCCCCCGGCCAGCGGCCGCCCCACGCCCAGGGUUCUCCAAGGACAUCUACACCAUUUGGAUCAGGGCGUGGUAGAGAAAAAAGAAUGUCUAAUGAGUUGGAAAGUUAUUUUAAGCCUUCAAUGCUUGAAGACCCUUGGGCUGGCCUAGAACCAGUGUCUGUAGUGGACAUAAGCCAACAAUACGGCAAUACUCAGACAUGCACAGGCAAAAAAGGAAGAUACUUUUGUUAACAUUCCCGAAAUUCACCUGGAAACUUCCUGAGUCAGAAACAACUUGGACAAAAUGGUGUGAAUAAAUUUAACUGAGAUGAUGGCUUU